CUGGGCAUUUAUCAUAUGAUGUAUGGGCUAGUAUUUGAGGGUAUGUUGCUUUUAUUUGAUUGUCAAAGUUCCUUAUUGCUAAAUUUCUUUCUUUGCACUGAUAUGCCUGUUUAAUGCAUGAUUUGUCCUUACCAAAAAAAAAAAAAAAAAAAUCCUACACAGUCAUAUAUUUCAUAAUUUUCAUCAUUGGUGAUCCUGUCAUGAGUAAUUAGUGAGCUGUGGCAAUUAAAUGCUCUAAUGUGCUUUAGAAGUUUUAAACUCCCAUUCAUGUUAAUAAAAUUUCUCAGAUGGUGAGAACAUUGGAAAUGCCUUGAGUCAUGUAUGAACGACUAGUUCUGGUCAAAGAACUAGUGCAUUAUGACUGUUUGAUCUAUUGUCACAAAUUAAAGAAGAGAAAAAAAGAGAAAGAUAGGAUUGAACUGAAGAGAGUUUAAGUUGAGAUGAAGUGAAAAACAAACCCUUUGGUUCAUUUACUGUCCUGAUGUGGAUAAUGGGAUCAAAGAAGUGAAACAAAACUCUUAUGCUUUUUCAUGGUUAUUUUCUCAUCAUAAUAUUUGUUGUAUGCUUCUAGAUAUUAGACACAAGCAUAGAACAAUUUGAAGUCUCAGUAUGCCUCUCUCUACCAUAGGAAGCAAUUGUUCUAACUUGUAUUGGGGGCCUGCCUUUAGGAAAUCUCUCUCUCUUUUUAUUUUUUUGCCACAAAAUAUAGUUGAUUUAUAAGA